CGGUCUCACUCUACCCAGUUCGCACUUCGCAUACUCGCUAAAGCCUGAAGUCGGUUGCUUUCGAUAUUCUGAGGCCCGUAACAAUGGCAGAGAAGGUGGUUCUGCUCGAUUUUUGGGCUAGCAUGUUUGGGAUGAGGGUCAGGGUUGCCCUUGCUGAGAAGGGGAUCAAGUAUGAGUACAGGGAGGAAGACUUGAAGAACAAGAGCGAUCUACUUCUCCAGAUGAAUCCGAUUCACAAGAAAAUCCCAGUUCUCAUCCACAAUGGGAAACCGAUAUGCGAGUCCUUAAUCAUUGUUCAAUAUAUCGACGAGGUCUGGAACGAUAAGUCUCCAUUGUUGCCCUCCGAUCCUUACAAGAGAGCUCAAGCUAGGUUCUGGGCUGAUUUUGUUGAUAAGAAGGUGGUUGAUGCUUGGAUUAAACUACGGAGCACAAAAGGAGAAGAGCACGAGGCGGCAAAGAAGCAGUUCCUUGAAAUCUUGAAGACAUUGGAGGAAGAGCUUGGUGAGAAGCCUUACUUUGGGGGUGAAACAUUUGGAUUUGUGGAUGUUGCUUUUGUCACUUUCUACAGCUGGUUCUAUACAUUUGAGACAUUUGGAGAAUUCAGCACGGAGGCAGAGCACCCCAAGAUUAUCGCAUGGGCCAAGAGGUGCAUGCAAAAGGAGAGUGUCGCCAAGACUCUUCCCGACCAGCAGAAGGUCUAUGAAUACGUCCUGGGUGUGACGAAGAGAUCUUUAGGAGAGUAACGGUUUGGCCCCAACAUUGAAGUACUACCGUAUGUACUUGCAAUGUUUAAUAUCUAUAGCAAACGCGCAAGCCGUGAUCAUCCGUCGGGAGUUGUAAUGUAUGUCUAAAAUUGGUCCCGCAGCAACCAAGAAACCAAAGCGUGAGGUCGUUUUACAAGACAACGUAUUAACCACAACGUGUGUUUCCUUUUUAAUUACCGUCUUGACUCCUGAAUCUGUUUAAAUCUGGAAGGUCUCAAUAUCCGACAAAUGGUGUCGUGACCCAUACGUAAAUGGCUAAGGAAUGCAUCUCUGUAGCGUACAAAUUAUUGUAAAUGUGUCUCUUGGAAUAUAUUCGAACAGUAAGAAUUAUAUCGAUGGAGAAAUAGACAUAUGAUAUUGGUUUUAUGAA